AUGGACGGUGUUGACGACUCCCGCUGGAAUGUCGCUGACGACCGCCCGCGGCGUGCCAACCGCGGCAAUAUGCUCCAAAACCUUCUGGAGAAGGGCCUCAACUCUGAUGAAGAAAAAUUUCUUAACAACCUCAGUGAUGCCACCUCUGAUAGCACCUUCACAACUAGCGAGGAGGCGGUGGACGAAAUUGAUAGUGAUUUCUCCGACGAGGAGAUCGAGGGCGUUUUGGAAGGCACGACGAUUGUAACGGAUGCCGCAUUGGAACGGGAGGAGCGGUUGGAGCGAAAAAAAGAGCGGCAAAAAAGUAUGCGCCACGGAAAGUUACUGGGACGCGGUGCAGCGGUGGACCGAGAGCAAGUUGUGAAAUUGCGACUGCGGCCGCCAUCGACUAUUCCGUUGGAGGAUCGGCUCCGAGCGGCACAUGAGCGAGCGAAGGAAGUGCGCGCCACAGCAGCACGGCGGAGCACCGGGGGCAUUGGGGCGAUGGGUUCCGUGACACAUGAAAUGGAAGCAGCUGCAAAGAAACGGCGUGGGUACCAUUCAAGGGGUCGAGGGCUCACCAAAAACGGAGAUGAGAAUUCGGUGGCAAAUGCAACGGAUGAGGGAGAGGUGAUUCAACGUGUGCGCUACACCAGUAGUGCAAGCGUACUCGAGCUGUAUGGUGUUCCUGUUGUCAUAUCAUUCUCCAGGUGCCUCCCAACAAUGUUUACCUCAGGAGCGGGUUCCAACUGA